AUGGACCAAAGUAAACAAUCUCAAGUGAAAAUGAAUCUCUUGACCCUUGGGACCAAACCAGGACACACUCAGCCCAAACCUCAGGAGAGGGAGCAGUGGGGCAGUAAAGUUGAGUUCAUUCUGGCUGUGGCUGGACACAUUGUUGGUCUUGGAAACGUCUGGAGAUUUCCAUACCUGUGCUACAAGAAUGGAGGAGGUAAAUUUUUAUUCUUGUGAGAAGGUGUGGAUCACACUUCAAGACUGAGUUAAAGACUUGUACUGAGAUUAAGAUUACAGUUUGCUUCAGAGGCACUUGAAGGGAUAUUCUGGCAUAAAAUUAAUUUAGGGUCAAACACACCGUAACACCGAGUUAGACACCCCCUCAAGAGAUGAAUGUUGCAUUUAUGAUCAUUUCUUUAUCAUUUCCUUGAAGUAAUAAUCACCAUAUUAAUCAUUUUGCACUGCAGACGCGGUUGUUUUUCUGCCUUAGCAUCUCAGUCUGAUUGUAUUUCCAAAAAGAAAUGAUCGUAAAUGUUCUUCCUUGAGCUGCGUCACCCCGCAGCAGUCCGUAAUGGACUGGCCCAAGGUCUCGCUACAAACAAGUGGCUGCUGGAAGAGAAUAGAUGAGUUGUGUUUAGUCUCUUUGCUAAAGAAAUCAGGCAAAGCUAAAAGAUGUUUGGUGGCUAGUAUUAUGGCUGGGACCCUAUAUGUACUGUUGAUGAAGUUAGGUGCUGUUCUGAGCAUUAUUUGUGGCUAUAGAGUGGAGUUUUGGUUGAGGUUUGUUUAUGGCUCCUCAGAUCACUGUGCAUUUCAAUCGUGCGGUCAUUACUGAAGUUGGUAGAGAAGCGAGCAGUCAUUCAUCUCUCAAGGGGGUGCCUAACUCGAUGUUACUGUAUGUUUGACCCUAAAUGAAUUUUAUGCCGGAAUAUCCCUUUAAGGUCUCCAUAUCAAAACAGUCUAACAAAUAAAAAACUAAACCACAUCUGUUUUACAUGUUUACACAGCUUCAGCUUUAUCGGUAACCUAUUUUAAUAAUAUAUUUCCUUCUUUGUUCUAAAGGGGUUUUCUUCAUACCUUAUGUUUUGUUUUUGUUCACCUGUGGCAUCCCACUCUUCUUCCUGGAGACAUCUUUGGGCCAGUUCACCAGUCAGGGUGGAAUAACUUGCUGGAGAAAAAUCAGCCCACUCUUUGAAGGUAGGAGUGCAAACCCAAUUGGCAAGCCAAGAUGCUAAUAAAUACCGUUAAAACCUGUAUAUAUGUAGACUGCAGGAUAUUGGGUAUUUUGGUAGAAGUUGGUGAAAGUAAUAAGUCUGCCAGAUCAAUAUUAGUUGAAUAUUUUUGAUAAAAAAAGGGCUUAAAUGUUUUUCUUUAGAAAAAAUAAGCCAGUCUCUACACUCUAGUUUUUCCCUGUGCUGUUUAUUAUCGACUUAUACCUCUUUUUUUUAAGUUUCACAGCCCAAAUUGUCCAUGUUUUGGGUUUCAGUUGUAGCACACAGCUGUUUACAGAGAAAAUGUCCUGAUAAAACCUGCUGUAUGUUAUCUGCUAACACCAAAUGGCAAAUACAGUGUGGCACUAGUUGUUGAAUAAAGUCGAGCAGUAUGCUGGCAGAUAAUUGAGUAGAGACUUAAACAGAUCACAGUGUAUGUAGUCCGCCAAAUGCUAAGUCAAGUUCUAAUGAUCUUAUGUGUCCCAUUAAAAAGAAAAAUUAAAUAUCUCCAUGAAUGAAACAAGAUUCCUGGGACAGAGAGAUCUAUGAUUUAAACUACUGAAACUUUAAUUUUACUCACCAUCUGUUAAAUUUUUACCUAAGGUUGUCCUCUCCUUGUUAAUGUUUGCCUCUCAAACCCUGGUGUAUAUGUUUGUUAAUGAUUACAGUUUUUAUAAAAAAAAAAAAACUUGGUUGGUGGAGGCUGACCUACUUCCCUUUUUUCAUGACUGAAGAGAGAAUAAAGAGUGAAUGGAUGGCUGUACGCUCUGCCUCCCCUCACUCCCCUGUUUUAUUAAGAGAGAAGGAAAGACAGAGAAAGAGACCCCUGCUAGAUAUCAAUUUAAUUAUAAAUUUUCUACCAUUAAGUUCACACUUGAUCAUUACUUUAUUGGUCAGUUUGAUUUUAAAAGUCACCUUUCUUACCAAACACUGAUGUAGUUAAACGAUACAACAUUUUCAUGUCCCUACAGGCUUAGGUUAUGGAAGCCAAGUGGUUGUUUUAUACACUGGAGUGUAUUAUAUAAUCAUAUUGGCGUGGACAUUUCUCUACCUGUUUUCCUCCUUCAGCUCUGAACUACCAUGGGCCAGCUGUCAGAACAGCUGGAACACAGGUACAAGAUUUUACAAUUCAGUCUCUACACAAAACACUGCAACAAACUGUGAUCAUCAGUUUUUCAUAACUUCUGCUGUUCUUUUAUAUCAGAUGGCUGCUUUGAGCAUGGUCACAAUCAAACAUCACCUCUGCAGCUGUAUGGGAACAGCACAUCUUCAGUGGUAGAGUUCUGGGAGUAAGUGAGAUACAUGAAUAAUCAUAUUAGGGCUGUGUUUUUGGUUUUGUUAUUCUUAAACUCUCUUUGUUACAGGAGGAGAGUCUUGGGUCUGUCCAGUGGCAUUGACGAAAUCGGAAAUAUUCGCUGGGACCUGGCUCUUUGUCUGCUGCUUGCUUGGAUACUGUGUUACUUUUGUGUCUGGAAUGGAGUGAAGUCUACAGGAAAGGUGCAGAAAAUCUGCAUUUUAAUCAGUAACGGGGAUUUCUUACAGACCUUGCUCCAUCACUAGCUGCGUUUAAUGCGUCAUGUAAACAUGUCGAUCGGAAGAUUCUGAUCCAAUUCGACUCAAUCGGAAAGAAAUUGUAUUCUGAUCAAGAGGGGUGGUUUAUGCCGAUCGUUAUUCCGAAACGCGUCCAUGUAAACACUUAUUCCGAUCGUGACUCUCUUACCUGACUCGAUCUUCACUCUUUGGCCUAUUUAUGGAGGCCAGUACAGGAGGUUUUAUAAUUAACAUUCUGGCAUAAAACACAACCGCGAGCGCCAUGUCUGCCCCUCCUGUAACAUAACAAGGCGUGCAUACGGCGUAAUGAUGUCACAUCUGCACGCAUAGUGCAACCCUUGACAGAACAGUAAAAUAAGUACGCAAGGGCGCCAUCUAGGGACACUAUUAAACACCCCUGAAUUGGAUGGAGUCAGCCACUACCGCGUUUGUUGGUUUGUUGACAGCACGGGCGUAAAUACAACUCUUCUUCUGUGGUUGUUUUAGCGAAAUCAGACAACUCUGCGUGAGUCUAAAUGCUUCUAAUCUGAAUUAAUCUUGGCACAUGUACACCUCAUGAUCGGAUAAUUUGAUAUUGCGCCCAUAUAAACAGCGGAUUCAAAUUAUCCGAUCCCUCAAAUUUUUAAUCGGAUCAAGAAAUUUUGCACAUAUAAACAUGGAUAUUGAUUGUAAAAUUUUCUGGUGAUUCCUCUUUAGGUUGUCUACUUCACUGCCACAUUUCCGUAUGUAAUGCUGGUGGUGCUGCUUGUUCGUGGUCUGACGUUACCAGGUGCCAAAGAUGGAAUUAUGUUCUACCUCUCCCCAGACCCGUCCCGCCUUGCUGAUCCAGAGGUAACACUUUACCAAGUCUCACUAAGUGCUGUUAGUGUCUGAACAUGCGAACAAACCAACCCAAAGCCAGGCUACACAAACUUACAUGUCAGUUUGUGUGUUUGAGUGUAUCCUAAUUUGUUUAUUGGCACCAAUUUAUCCAUCACCUACUUGUGCGAUUGAGUUUGUUUUCCUGAACUAAGAGGAACUUUAAGCUUAAUUUUUUUUAGAGGUAGGGAUUGUUUUACAGGGAUGAAAGGGAAACAAAAAACUUUGUGGGUAAAAAAUUGCAGAAGUUAUAAUUUUGCAGGUUAGUAUGUAAACUAACAAAUAAUUGUCUCCUUGAUAGAAUCAACAAAUAUACAAAUAAACAGUCCACUUGACUUGUUAAAAACCCAAACUCAUUGAAACCAUGCAGGUGUGGAUGGAUGCUGGCAGCCAGAUUUUUUACUCCUAUGGAGUUUGUACAGGCGUUCUGACAUCUCUGGGAAGUUACAACAAAUACAACAACAACUGCUACAGGUUUGUUAUUUGAUCAGAGUACUCUUUGUAGUUCAGGUUACAGCACCAAAGACGAAUUAACCCAUUUUUCUCUCACAGAGACUGCGUGUACCUGUGCCUGCUGAACAGUUUAACCAGCUUUGUCGCUGGUUUCGCCAUCUUCUCUGUGCUUGGUUUUAUGGCCAAAGAGCAAGGUGUGGAUAUCUCCAUGGUGGCUGAAUCAGGUAUGAAAGCUUGAUAAAGAAACACAGAGUGAUACUGUUUGAAUUGUUUGAUAUUUUAACAACUUUCCCAUGUUCCUUUGCAGGUCCUGGGUUGGCAUUCAUUGCGUAUCCUCGUGCGGUGGCUCUGAUGCCGCUUCCUCAGCUCUGGGCUGUUUCUUUCUUUAUAAUGAUCAUCUUUUUAGGAUUAGACAGCGAGGUGGGGAUGGCUAUGAAGGCUGAUGUGAACAUUAAAGAAAAUACUCAGACACCUUGAGCGAGUUAUUUCUGUUUAUACUGAACAUCUCUUCUCGUUUCAGUUUGUGUAUCAGGAGGCGUUGGUCACCACCAUCUCCGACAUGUAUCCCGACUUUUUUCGAAAACAAUGCUAUCGUAAACUCCUCCUUCUUGCUAUUUCUGUGGUGAGUUUCUUGGUUGGCCUUCUGAUGGUUACAGAGGUAAGUGGUGAAAGCUUGUUGACAUAGAUUUCUUCCAUUUAUGACUCCUUUGUGUAUUUAGGACAAACAUUGUGUGGAUCAUACAGUAAAAUCAUCCCUGACAACAUCUGUUGCUUCUUAUUUUCAGGGAGGCCUUUAUAUUUUCCAACUGUUUGACUACUACGCCUGCAGUGGGAUGACACUGCUGCUUUUUGCUGUUCUUCAGUCUGUUUGUGUUGGAUGGGUCUAUGGUAAGUCAAACUUUUGAUCAGACAAAAUAGAACCAGAGGGUUAAAUUAUUCUUCAUUAACGAAAGUGGCAAAGCAAUAUAUGUAAUGUAACUUCAUUAUAGAUAUGUGUUAAGUGUUACAGAUAGAUUUUGCUUCAUUUUAAGGAGUCAAAAGCCCUUUAUUUUCAGAAUAAAUUAUCCAACACACCGGAUAUCUUAAAAUGACUGUAUUGAUAAAUGAUGAUUGUAAGUAGGGGUGUCCCAAUCAGGUAUUGAUAACAAAUAAUGGGUUGUAUUGGUCUGCAUCUAAAAUCUCUAAAAUCAGCACUAGUCCAUUCCAGACUCCACUCCAGCUCCACCUCUAUCCAGCAACAUAACAACAGUGUGUACUAAGGUACUAACAAAGUAGCAAAGAGAAGGAGUGAUGUUGGCCAUGUGGAAAUAUUUUUCGUUAAAGUCUGAAAAAGACGUUGCAGCUAAGUGCAAAUCUUGUCAAGAACAAGUUUGUCCUAAUAUCGGGUCAAUAUUGGUAUGGGCCAAUACUGAAGACUACAAUAUUGGUAUCGUAUCGGAAGUAAAAGAAAGUUGUAUUGGGACACCCCUAAUUUUAAGUAUAUAUUGGUUUGCCUCUAAAAUAUAAAGAUAAAUUCAGUAAGAUCUUGAUCCUCUUCAGUGACACCUGUGGUAAACUGAAAUGAGUGCAUGGGGGUAGGUGUCAGCCAAGCAGCUGAAGAGACAGCCCUGUUUUCCUCAUAAAGUAUGCAAAUGAUUCAUUUGAAUGUCAAAAGUCAGCAAGAUAAGAUUUUUUUUGCCAAAAGACAUGAUCCAAACAUCAAAAGGGUAAGAAAAGCAGAGACUGCUUUGACCACAGGGGGCGCCAAAGUCGACACAAACUAAAAGUUCCCCACAGGAGGUUGAAGUAUCACAAACUGUGCAUAUGAAAAAAUACACCAUGCUGAUUUAACUAACAGUUCUUACUUUUAGGUGCUGAUCGUCAUUAUGAUAACAUCACUGACAUGAUUGGGUAUCGGCCUUGGCCUUAUAUGAAAUACUGUUGGCAGUACUUCACACCAGCUAUCUGCACUGUAAGUAUCUGAAUAUUUUCACAUCUGCCUGUAUCUUUGUUAGAGGCAGGAACAGGAAGUGAGUGUGUGUGACAGCUGCCAGAAGCUUUUGUCCUAAAGAUAGUUGAUGUCUCAACCAUCAACCAGAUGAAAACUAGCACUACUGAUGGGUUUCCAGAAAGCAUUCAAGCAGAACAAAAUAGAGUUCAUUGAAUAGUCAGCCAUCAUUGCUCCGUUACUUUAGGAGUUUAUUGAAAUGAUGAUCUAAGGUUUAUAAAUAUGUAUUGUUUAAUUUUGGUGACCAUCAAGCAAAACGACACACUGAAUACAUUUAUCAUACAGAAAAAAGGGAGAUGAUUGACAUGGACAGACAAAAGUGAAGCCAAAAUAUGAAUGACACACCUGCGCCAUUUGAUAAAUUUUGACAAUUGUCUUUAUGUCAUGUCUUAAUUGUUUCUAUUCUUUCUCUCACAGGGCACAUUUCUCUUCUCCUUGGUCAAAUAUACUCCCCUCAAAUUCAACAACACCUAUGAGUACCCGUGGUGGGGUUACACCAUCGGAGGGUUCUUCACUCUCUCAUCCACACUUCUGGUUCCUCUGUGGAUGCUGUAUGCUGUGUGCGUCACCCCAGGAACACUAAGACAGGUACCGUCACAUCAAGCCAUCCUUCCAUCUAUCCUUCCUUCCUUCCUAUCAUCCUUCCAUCCAUUCAUAUCUCCCAUCUUCCCUCUCCCUUCCUCCCAUUCAUCCACCCUUCCUAUCUGCCUUCCUUCCAUCCAUACUUCCUUCCUAUAUUUCUUCCCUCCAUCCUUCCACCCUUGCUAUUUGCCUUCCCUCCUUUCUGCUAUCCAUCCACCUUUCCCAUCUUCUGUCCCUCCUUCCUUCCAUCCACCAUCCCUCCUUUCAUCCUUCCAACCUUCCUAUCCUCCUUCCACCCAUCUAUCCUUCCUAUUUUCCAUUCAUGCUUCCUUCCACCUUUCUCUCAUCUACCCUUCAAUCCUGCCUUUAUUCCUUUUUUCUUUCAUCCUUCCCUCCUUCCUUCUUUUCUUUCUUUCAUUUUCCCUUCCUUCCUUCCUUCCUUCCUUCCUUUCCUUUCCAUCCAUCCUUGCUUCUAUCUUUCAUUCCUUUCUUCCGUUCUUAUCCACCUGUCUUUACAUCCUUCCUUCCUUCCUUUCUUCUGUCCUCUUUUCCUUCUUUCUAGUCAUCUAUCCAUCCAAGCCUCCUUCCUUUCUUUUUUCUAUCCAUCCUUUCCUUUUUUUGUCCCUUUAUCCACCUCUUUUCUUCCUCCCUUAUUACCAUCUACCCUUCCUUUCUUCCUUCUUCCCUUCCAACCAUCUAUUUAUUCACCCUUCCCUCUAUCCUUCAUCCUUCCUUCCUUCCUUCCUUCCUUCCUUCCUUCCUUCCUUCCUUUCCUCUUCCUCUAUGAUGGACAAGAGUCAUACCUCAUACCUUAAGUCCUGGUUCAGGUCUUUCCAGAUAAACGAGCUGGUGCUGUUUUGAUCCAUUGUGAUAAAAGUUGCUGAAGGCUCUUACUGGAGAAAAAAAUGUCAAACACUCACAGAAAAUUAGAGUGAAACUAAGUACAGCAUGAAGUGUUGUAACACAAUCAAAGUUUUCAGUUUAAAGACUCAGUCAGCCCCGAUUGAGGUAGUUAUUGGGAAAGAAAGGGAAAGAAAUCGUAGCUCUGCAGAGUUGCUCUUUUAGUAGUAAACUAAGUUUACACUUUCUCCACAGAGACUGAAAGUUCUGUGCACUCCAGCAAAGGACUUACCCUCUGCAACAUUAAGGAAGACAUCAAACCAGGCCGCCUUUCAGACUUUUACUGACCUGUACUCACUGCGUCCGAUAGACGGUCCUGAUGCCAGAGGUGACAUAGCUCAUAGAGUCAUCAUUUAA